CUCUGAGGCCGCUACCGUGCCGAUGAGUAAUAGAGCGUCAAAGGAAGGCCGUGGAAGAGCUUCCUAAUAUAGACUGACCGGUUACGGGACCCGCCGGUAGGGCGAUAACAAGCCUUUCCUUCUGGUUUCCUCCCCGGGAGUGAAGGGAGUUUGAAAGGCGGGAGGCAAAGACCUCUCAGAGCAGAAAUCAGGUUUUUCCUGCAAGAGUGUGCCAGGGCUCGCUGCUGGGUGAUUGGGAUGUCUGAGAGAUGAAGCCCCUUUCAGCCGGUGACUUGGUCCUCAGUCGCUGCUCAGCGAAGACACCUGGGCUUGGGAGAACCCUCUGAGCCCCUGGCUUUAGAAUGGGCAAUGCUGCUGAAAAACAGAAGCCCCGGAGACGAAGCCGUCUGUGCCCCUGGAAACAAGACUCUCAGCGCUCCCAUCUCUCCUCCUUCACCAUGAAGCUCAAGGACAAGUUCCACUCGCCCAAAAUCAAGCGAACGCCGUCCAAGAAGGGAAAACCAGCUGAGGUGUCGGUGAAAGUCCCGGAGAAGCCUGUGAACAAAGAGGCAACAGACAGAUUUCUACCAGAGGGCUACCCUAUCCCCUUGGAUCUGGAGCAGCAGGCAGUAGAAUUUAUGUCCACCAGUGCUGUGGCUUCCAGGUCUCAAAGGCAGAAGAACCUGAGCUGGCUGGAAGAGAAAGAGAAGGAGGUCGUUAGUGCCUUGCGCUACUUCAAGACCAUUGUGGACAAAAUGGCUAUUGACAAGAAGGUACUGGAGAUGCUUCCAGGGUCAGCCAGUAAGGUGCUGGAGGCCAUCUUACCCCUGGUGCAGAGCGACCCUCGGAUUCAGCACAGCUCAGCCCUCUCCUCCUGCUACAGCCGGGUGUACCAAAGUCUCGCCAACCUCAUCCGCUGGUCUGACCAAGUGAUGCUGGAAGGGGUGAACUCAGAAGACAAAGAGAUGGUCACGACGGUGAAAGGGGUCAUCAAGGCUGUGCUGGACGGAGUGAAGGAGCUGGUCAGACUUACCAUCGAGAAGCAGGGGCAUCCGUCUCCAACCAGCCCAGUGAAACCCAGUUCCCCAGCCUGCAGACCUGACGGCCAGUCUGAGGUCCCCCUGACAGAUCGAGAGAUGGAGAUUCUGAACAAGACAAGUGGCCUGUCCCAGUCAGCCGAGCUGCUUCCAGACUCUACAGAUGAAGAGGUCGCGCCCCCCAAACCCCCCUUACCUGGCAUUCGGGUGGUUGACAACAGUCCUCCACCAGCAUUGCCACCGAAGAAAAGACAGUCAGCUCCGUCCCCGACCCGAGUGGCCGUCGUGGCCCCCAUGAGUCGGGCCACCAGUGGUUCCAGUUUGCCCGUUGGAAUUAAUAGGCAGGAUUUUGACGUGGACUGUUACACACAGAGGCGGCUGUCAGGAGGCAGCCACUCAUACGGCGGAGAAUCGCCCCGCCUGUCCCCCUGCAGCAGCAUGGGCAAGCUCAGCAAGUCAGACGAGCAGCUGUCCUCUCUGGACAGGGACAGCGGGCAGUGCUCCCGGAACACAAGCUGUGAAACACUAGAUCACUAUGAUCCCGACUACGAAUUCCUUCAGCAAGACCUCUCUAAUGCAGACCAGAUACCUCAGCAAGUGGCCUGUAAUCUUAGCCCGUUGCCGGAGUCCUUGGGAGAGUCUGGGUCUCCGUUCCUCGGCCAUCCCUUCCAGUUGUCUCCGGCACCUGGCAGCUGUCCCCAGCAAGAGGGGUCCUCAGCUCCAGGACAGCAGAUGGACAUGCCGCCUGCCCUCCCCGAGAAGAAGCGCAGGAGCGCGGCCUCGCAGACCACGGACAGCUCUGGCUGCAGGGUGUCCUAUGAGCGACACCCCUCGCAAUACGACAACAUCUCUGAGGUUGACCUGCAGAACCCAGCCUCGGCCCCGUCUGUCCCCUUCACGCCCUUUGCUGCUGUUCUCCCCUUUCAGCAAGGAGGGUCCCCAGCCUCUGUCGAGUUUGUGGGUGACUUCACUGUUCCUGAAUCAUCGGGUGACCCGGAAAAACCGCCUCCUCUACCAGAGAAGAAAAACAAACACAUGCUGGCCUACAUGCAGCUGCUGGAGGACUACUCGGAGCCGCAGCCGUCCGUGUUCUACCAGACGCCGCAGAACGAGCACAUCUACCAGCAGAAGAACAAGCUCCUCAUGGAGGUGUACGGCUUCAACGACUCCUUCAGCGCCGAGGCCCCGCAGGAGCUGGCCCCGCCCCCCGCCCUGCCCCCCAAGCAGCGGCAGCUGCAGGCCUCCUAUGCUGCUUCUUCCUUCUCCUCUGUCUCCUACUGUGUCCAGCAAACUAAAGUGGCCUUCACCCCCGAGGACGGCAGUGCCACUCAGGGCAUCAGUGUGUCCGUCUCUAACUCCUUUCUCAGCCGGCACGGCAACUUGCCCGUGCCCUCGUAUAAAUCUGUGUUUAGGUCCUACUCCCAGGAUUUCGUGCCUCACAGCCAAGCUUCCGUUCAGCCUUUCCUCCCGUCUACCCCCUCUUCCUCUCCACACUUCCCGCCCGUCCACCAGUCUCAGAGCUCUGACUUAGCGGUGCCGACCGUGGCCAGUCUGCCUCCCAGCACCGUGGACGGGCCUCUCUCGUCUUCUCAGGAGAGCAGCUUUCACGGGAACACUGUCUGCCUUCCUUCCGAAACCUCUCUCACUGACUCGCCCCCGACGCCUUCGAGUGAAAACGCCAGCGAGGAGGCUGGUGAGGGUGAAUACGUCAAUCUGUAUUCCUCUGGCCAGAGCAGCGAGGAGCUGCCUCACUCCCGAGGAGAAUCACCAGCUACGAAAGACGGACAUCCCAGAGACCCCGCAUUGGGCAGCGGCGCACCUGGGAAGGAGAGCAGAGACGGCGAAAGGGCCCCAAGGUCACCAGAUGCUUCAGAGUUGGCUCGGUCGGAGGAGGAAGUUGACGAGCUGUCCCUCAUUGACCAUAAUGAAAUCAUGGCAAGGCUGACACUGAAGCAACAGGGUGACGAUGGGCCGGACGUCCGUGGCGGGUCCGGAGAUAUCCUGCUGGUGCACGCUACUGAGACAGACAGGAAAGACUUGGUGUUGUACUGUGAGGCCUUCUUGACCACCUACAGGACCUUCAUCACCCCAGAGGAGCUCAUCAAGAAGCUGCAGUACAGGUACGAGAAGUUCUCUCCCUUCGCCGACACGUUCAAGAAACGCGUGAGCAAGAACACGUUCUUCGUGCUGGUGCGGGUGGUGGAUGAGCUCUGCCUAGUGGAGUUGACAGAAGAGAUCUUGAAGCUGUUGAUGGAACUGGUCUUUCGCUUGGUGUGCAACGGGGAGCUCAGCCUGGCGCGCGUGCUCCGGAAGAACAUCCUGGACAAGGUGGACCAGAAGAAGCUGCUCAGGUGUGCCAACUCCGACCAGCCCCUGGCAGCCAGGGGGGUGGCCGCCAGGCCGGGGACGUUACACGACUUCCACAGCCAUGAGAUAGCUGAGCAGCUGACCCUGCUGGACGCUGAGCUCUUUUAUAAAAUAGAGAUUCCUGAGGUUUUGCUUUGGGCCAAAGAGCAGAAUGAGGAGAAAAGCCCCAACUUGACCCAGUUCACGGAGCACUUCAACAACAUGUCUUACUGGGUCCGCUCAAUAAUCAUGUUACAAGAAAAAGCCCAGGACAGGGAGCGGCUGCUGUUGAAGUUCAUCAAGAUCAUGAAGCACCUACGGAAGCUGAACAACUUUAACUCCUACCUGGCCAUCCUCUCGGCACUGGACUCGGCGCCCAUCCGCAGGCUGGAGUGGCAGAAACAGACCUCGGAGGGCCUGGCCGAGUACUGCACACUGAUCGACAGCUCGUCCUCCUUCCGCGCCUACCGGGCCGCCCUCUCCGAGGUGGAGCCCCCCUGCAUCCCGUACCUGGGGCUUAUCCUGCAGGACCUCACCUUUGUUCACCUGGGAAACCCAGACUAUAUCGACGGGAAGGUGAACUUUUCCAAACGGUGGCAGCAGUUCAACAUCCUGGACAGCAUGCGAUGCUUCCAGCAAGCGCACUACGACAUCCGGAGAAACGAUGACAUCAUCAACUUCUUCAAUGACUUCAGCGACCACCUGGCCGAGGAGGCGCUGUGGGAACUGUCUCUGAAGAUCAAGCCCAGGAACAUAACGAGGAGAAAAACAGACCGGGAGGAGAAAACCUAGAAGCGGGUGGCGCGAGCGAGGAGAACACGGCUCGAGAGGGGCCCCGAGGGCGGCUCCGAGACCGGGAGGGACGUUGGACCUGUCCCCGGGCAGGCUGCACGCGUCCUGGCCCCGAGGCCCAGCCAGCCCUCGGCUGUGACGGGUGGGAGCCCCGGCAGCCUCCCGGCCCCGCGGGAGCAGACGCCAGGCCCGCAGUGGAGCCAGCAGGCGGGUCUCGUUCCCGAUUUGUGAACCCCGUGGUGUUGGUUUCUGCUUUCACUUCUGUGUCCCCCUCCGCACCCCUCCCCCGCCUGGCAACAGCACAGGGAUGUCAGCAGACAGGGUGGGGGCGGGGAUGGUGGCCUCUUCGCCCCCCCCACCUCGGGUCCUAGGGUCCUGGAUCUGCUGACGUGACACACAGGUAGAGGACCCUCGCAAGGCGGGGGGGGGGGCUGGACUCCCAGUGACCUGGAAUGAAGGGGACUUCCGGUCGGGUGGGCAGAGAGCAGAGAAGACCCGGGAAGGCUCCUUCCACUUCCCCCGCCCUGCUUUUUAACAUGCAAAAUGGCAUGAGCUUCGUAUGUGGCACCAAAAGGUUCUUCCGGCAGGUGGCCUUUCAGCAGGCCCAGAGCUGGUGCUCCCGUCACGGUACUGGCCCUCACGGUGGUCCCCCGUCUGUCCCUUCAUCGCCCCUGUCACCUAGCGCUCUGGGGAGUGGGCAGAGGGAGGAGCAAAGGAGGACUUCUGUUUUAUCUGAGCUGGGGCCGGGAGCUCCCCGGGGAGUGAAUGUGGAGAGCGGAGGGGUGUUUCUGUCCUGGGGAAGGCCCGCGGCCCCCUCCUCUGUCACUUGCUGUGUGCCUUAAACUCCAUCUCCUGUCCCCCCCCUGCCCCGUGGGUUCCCUUCCUACCUGCCUCCAUCGGGUGGAGCCAGGGCUGCUCCGCCCUGGCUACGGCAGUGUCUACCCGGGGCAGGCUUGCUUUCUCCUCUGGCAGAGCGUCUUCCUUGUUGGAAACCCCUCUCGCUGCUGAGGUUGACGGUCCGAGGCAGGGAGCUCUCCGCACACAGAGGGGCCGGGCGGCUGCCCCCACGCCUCUCGCGUCCUGGUCUGUGGCUGAGCGCUCGCUUCUCCUGGGCUCAGGACUUGGUCAAGCAAAUGCCGGGAUCUAACUUCCUAAACGACCAGUCCCUUUGAGUCCCUCGUGGGUUUCGAACAGCUCCCUUCACUUGUUUGUGGUCCUGUAUGUGGAGGGGGGAACAUCUGUGAAAUGCCAGUGACGCCCCUCUGGUGGCGAUCUUGCGGCCAGAACGUGUCACUUUCUUGUUUGAAGUGUGUGGUUCGUGCUGAGGGUGGGCUUGCUUCCCACUUGGAACCUCUCGCUGCAGUCUUGUCCUCUCCCUUCCCGUCACGCCUCCCUCCACCCCAGCUCCACUGGAUGCUGUCGUGUGCACGCACGGGGGCCACCGUGCCACAAAUAACUGACGCCGUGUCUCCGCCACACACGUGGUCAGGUGGGUGUCCAUGGUCAGGGUCUGGCGACCGGCCAGGCAGGGGGAGGCAGUGUGGCGGGGACGAGGGGCCCGUGUGUCAGGGCGACCCUGUGUGAGGACCGCAGGGGCAACGUGUGCUUAACUUAUUGGCUGACGGGCUUCCCACCCCGUGCCUCGCUGAGGCACCCUCGGGGCUCUGGGAGCUGCAGACCCUGUGCCGUCACCGCAGCCUGCCUGUGACUUUCUGCCUCGGGAGGAAAGUCAUUCUCAUCUGCAGGUGGGGCCGGGGCCAGCGGCAGGGCAGGCACACACCAGGUCAGCACGAACCCAGCUCUCCAGAAGCGCCUCCACACACGCCCCCGCCCCCGCGACGUUCGUUGUAAGAUAUAUAUAUCCCCCACUAACCUGGCUGAUAGCAUCUUCCUGCAGACAUUUCAAACCUGUAACUUUUAUAUGAGAGGAAAAUAAACACAGACGAAAGCGUCCAAGCGACA